AUUUUUUUAGGAUUACAGCCGCUAAAAAAUAUCUGAAAUAAGCUCGUGUGUGUAGAUAAAGUUUUUCUACCUUAUACCGUAAUAUAUGUUGUGUAAACUGGCGCAUCGGCGUCUUUUGUAAAUACGAUAACGUUCUGGGACAAUGAGUGAUGAGAACAUAGCUAACCUCACAGAUGAAGAAGAGGACGAGUUCGAAGAAGGUAGACGCCUAUGCGAACUUCAUGGCACCCUAAGCAAAUGGACAAAUUACAUUCACGGUUGGCAAGAACGCUAUAUAGUGUUGAAGGAUGGUACACUUAGCUAUUACAAAUCAGAACACGAAACCGACUUUGGAUGUCGUGGUGCUAUCAGCAUCAGUAAAGCAGUAAUACAGCCGCACGAGUUCGACGAGUGCCGGUUCGAUAUACAAGUAAACGACAACGUGUGGUACCUGCGCUGUGGCGAUGGCGACGACCGCCAGCGCUGGGUCGAGGCGCUCGAGAACUACAAGGCCGACUCUGGCUUCGGCAGCGAGAACAACCUGCACCGGCACGGCUCGCUCAUCUCUAUCACGUCAGCAAACAGCCUGUCAACAACGAGCACCUCGUCAUUCAAGCAAAGAGGGCGUGGGCUGAAGGAGAAACUAGCUGAGAUGGAGACGUUCAGAGACAUCUUGUGUCAGCAAGUAGACACGCUACAGAGGUACUUCGACACCUGCACAGAUGCCAUGUCUGACCAAAACGACCAGCGAAUCAGUCCCGAUCGCGACGGAGAAAUUGAUGACAUAGACGAGGAGUAUGGCAUGCCUGUCAACACUGAUCACCUUCUUCCCCGCUUCCGCAAGGAUUCGCCAUGCUCACAGGAAACACUUGCCGUGCAUGCAGCACACUCUAUAGACUUCAAGGGUGAAGCAAUCACAUUUAAAGCAACGACAGCCGGAAUAAUAGCAACACUAUCUCACUGCAUAGAGUUGCUCACACAGAGAGAAGACAGCUGGAAGAAGCGCCUUGAGAAGGAGCUAGACAGGAGGAAAAAGGUUGAAGAGCUGUACAGACGGGCCUGCGAAAAACUGAAAGCAGAAAAACAGACAAAGCCCAUCGUUCGCGGUGGGCCAGAUUUUGAGGAGGGACCAUACAGUGCACUUGCUGAAGACGAGUUCUUUGAUGCAGUUGAUGCUGCUCUUGACAAGCUAGAUAAGGAAGAUGAACAGCUACAGAGGCAGUGGUCAAGAGAGAACCAUCAGGUUGUAGUGAAGUCAACAUCAUUGCCAUACCCUGCAGAGCACAGGCUGUCUGUAGAGAUUGAGGAACGUGUAGCAGAGCAUAUACGGUUGAUGAGGGCAGACUUUGGUAAUCACAAAGGAGACUGGGAGCUCUUUGCUGAAGAAGGAGAUAUGAAGUUGUAUCGCAUGGAGCUGGAGGAAAAUGGGCUAGUUCUAGACCCUCUGAGGGCCAUGCAUGUUGUGAAGGGUGUCACAGCUCAUGAACUUUGUCACUAUUUCUUCGACAUGGGUGUAAGAAAAGACUGGGAUACAUCUUUAGAAAACUCCAAGGUCAUCGAGACACUAGCAGCUGAUACACUGGUCGAGUAUCAGCAUCACAAGCGCCUCUGGCCAACGACGGCACGUGAUGCCUGCUUCUGGUCUCAUAUCCGGCAGAUCCAUGACGACUCGGACUCUGAGAGCCAGCCCAUCUGGGUGGUGGCAAACUACUCGACCGAACACCCAGAGGCGCCGCCGACCAAGUGCAUUCGCAUGCUUCUCAACGUAGCAUUGAUCUGUCAGACAGUUAUGGAUCCUCCUGGUGAGCAUGAACAGAUUACACGUGACCACAUUACAACCAAGUUGACCUAUACAUCGCAAGUGAAUCCAGGAGGCUGGGCUCCAGUAUCUGUACUCAGAACCAUAUACAAGCGUGAGUACCCGAGGUUUGUCAAGCGUUUCACACAGUAUGUCAAGGACCAGACCAAGGACAAGCCAAUCAUGUUCUAAGGAUUAUGAGUUUGGCACCCUUUACUCUGUAGUUACAAUUAUCACUGAACCAUGCAUAAGCUCCAGUUUCUAACCACUAGUGUGGAAUCAUCAAAAUUACAAUUACUGAGCACUUCAGCUAAUCUUGGCAGCUGGAACACAGGCAGAUUUCAAAGAUUCUUUCGUCAAACCUCUGCAAUUAAAGGAACAUGCGAUAUUUCCACGAUGCAUAUCAGCUGGGUAAAUGGUUAGAGCCCCAAAUGCUUCGACUGCUCUGCUCUUAAUAUUGCCCCCUGGUUCACCAUAUAAAUUCAACACGAUAGGUCAUUGAGUAGCUAUCACACGUGCAGCUGCAGUAGUCCCUGCUUAGUACUCAUGCUUUACCAGUGUCGCUCGCUCACAUUCCUGUUGUUACUUCACAGACCACUUCUACUCGUGCGCCUAUCACAUAUAAUUGAUCAUGUUCAAUAAAUACUCGCAUAGACAUUUAGCCGUCUGCGUGCCCACCUAAAUUAGAUUCAAUAUGUAGUUUGUGGCAUUCCAAACAAAGCAGUCCAACCUAGGGGUGAUUGUUAUAUAAUAGCUGCUCUCAGCUAGCUUACCCAUACUUUGAAGCCAAACCGCAAAAGUAUUGCAUUGCUGAUUAGUCAUUUAUUGGUUAACAUUUAUAUGAAGAUAUAUACAUUUAUAUGGUUGGCAAAUUCUUGCCUAUCAUUUUGUUUAAUCUGUUAAUGGUGCUUGUGAAUAUGCAGGUUAAAUGACCGUUAAACAAUACUACAUUCAUGUUCAUCAUACAUUCAUGUUCAUCAUUUUUCCACAAUAUUUACAACUGAAAGAGAAAAACAGUGCCCAUGCAUAAUAGUCGAGGUUUGCUUAACCCGCCUUAGCCAUUGCCUGACAUCAAAUCUAAAAUGCCUUGCGAUGUUUUGUAACCACCUACAGUGUUAAUAAUAUCUAGACAUGUUCGUUGUUAGUUUUAUACACCCUACCCCACGAAUAACAUUGGAUGGUAUCGGUGUGUGAUGACAAUGGAAAUUCCAAAUGCAUGAAUGCCAAUUGUCAUCUGUAUCUAAAUAUGCAAUGUUCUGUUGUUCAUUACUGUUUGAAAUGGGAAUACUUGAAAAAUUAAAGUAAUUAAUGUAGUCUAAUGACCCUUUUUUUCGGUUACUUUAUUUUAUACUGGACUCAAGGGGUUUAAAUCCACAUCAGUAGAACCCACUCCAGGAAUCUGGCUCGGUCCAGUUUUUGGCAGUUCUUCAAUUGCAUAAUUUAUUUGAAGCAGAUUUUUACGACUGUAUGCCCUUACUAACAUCAACCCGUGAUGGGAAGUUUUUCCACACUCUAUAAGAACAAGAUGCCGUCUGCUAGUAUAUUUCAACAGACAAGUAAAGGGAAAUGGUGAAUAUACUUAACGAACAGCUGGUGUCCAAUGGGGUGGCUGCAUAGAACUCUAUUGUGAGAAUCCUAAAUGCUAUAUUUUGCAGAAAAGAGUAUUUUUAAAGAAUCUCAGUUUCUCACUAAAAGUUCUGUAGACAUGUAUAUGAAGAAGCCAACUAUCAUUGAUUCUUAUUCAUUGACGUUAAUCGUAAGGGGUACUUUAAAGUAUAAUGGGUUCAUUGUUAGCAACAAGUUAUAUUUCACUCAGGUUUUGUUUCUCUAUAUGGACUAAACAUGGGUGAAACUGUGGUUAUUAUUUUUGUGAUCAUCUGUACUGGCCACCUCACUACUGCUUGUGGUGCUUGUGGUGCUUGGCCCCGAUAUUAGCAUUAUUUUUUUGAUGUAAAUGAAUAUCAGCUGGUUGACAUUUGCAUUCACACGAACACGUUUUAUACAAAAUUGUAGCUUUUCUUUUACCCUUCCAGAACUGAACAUUAAUGCAGUGAUAAAAUCUACUGACCUGUUAAAGCAAUAGCUAGAUUCUACUACAUGUAUCAUAGUAAUAUACAUUUUGAAAGGUGUAAUUAUGCCUUUCUAUACACAUGCCUUUCUUGCAUGUGUGCUUGUAUAUGUGGAUAAGAAGAUGAGAAGAGAGAGAGAGAGAGAGAGUGCGAGAGUAAGAGAGCAAGCAAGAGCGGGAGAGAGAGAGAGAGAGUGCACUAUGAGUUAUAGUAUUUUGUUUUUUUAGUAUUAAACACUGUAGUGCAUUAAAAUGCAUCAAACCUGUAUCACUAGGUUUGUAAAACAUGUGUGGAAAUAAUCUCAGUUUCAAUAUCUGAUUUUCAUUGGAUUGUAACAAACUUGUACACUUUGUGGAACCAGUUGAGAUUACAGUAUGUAGUUCACGGAAGGGUUGGGUAAAACAGCAAUGGCCAACUGCAAAUGAAAUAUUUGCCACUGUUUGAUAUUUAGAAACAUCAAUCUGCAUGUAUGAUAUGUAUGAUCUACAUGUAAUUGUACAUGAAUGAUAUUUUGUCUCAUUAUGGAACUAAUUGGGAUUUUAUUUUGCAGAUGUGUAUAUUGUACAAUUUAAAUUAUAACAUUAGCUGUGAACUCAGUUCGCAGCAACAUCCAGCAUUUGAACUAUUUCGUCACAUUUCAUACAUUUAGAAUCGGUUGAGAUUUGGCUAUAAGGCCCUGCCACCCUUGUAUAAGUUUUGCGAAUAUAAAGAAAUGGUUGAUGUUGAUAUUAGGAGGAUGGUGGCAAAGCAUGACGAUGUUUGAGCAUCUGAAAAUGGCCAAUCUCUCAUGUAUAUACAGCACUAGUUGUAACAUUUUGCAAUCAUGUCAUGUUCAUAAUUUUGUGUACUUCCUGAGAUAGGUUCAGCAACAUUAAAACAAGCAUUAAUGUAAAAAGGAUUCUUAGGAUUAAAUUCAAUUGUGGCAUUUUUAUGGUUUCAGAUAUCUGCAAUAAAUGGCAUAUUGUCACAAUUGUUCUACCA